CUAUAUUUUGUGAUGGAUAUCUUCCAUCUCAUAUAUUCUAACACACACCAUAAAGAAACACACCAAAAAGAAUCCAUAAAAAACCCAUGUGAGGUUGAGACAAAGACCAUAACCAGAACUAGCAUGGCUUGGUUAAGAAAUCUCUCAAAAUUUUCCAACAUUAAAUCAUCUCAAAGACCCAAUAAGACUGACCCAUUUUUCCUUUUACCAUCCUUCACAUUUUUCUCCCAUUUCAGCUCCCAACCCAUUGAGGAAAAGCCUUAUGUUAAGCCUGUUGAGCAUUCUUCAGGUUUGGAACCAACAAAGCCUCAUGAGAAACCAAGGGUGGUUGUGUUGGGUUCAGGCUGGGCUGGGUGCAGACUUAUGAAAGGGUUGGACCCUCAUAUUUAUGACAUUGUUUGUGUCUCACCUAGGAACCACAUGGUGUUUACCCCUCUACUGGCUUCCACUUGUGUUGGAACUCUUGAGUUUAGAUCAGUUGCUGAACCCAUUGGAAGGAUCCAACCAGCUAUUUCUAGAGAGCCUGGUUCUUAUUUCUUUCUUGCCAAUUGUACUUCCAUUGAUGCACAUAAUCAUACGGUGGAGUGUGAGACUGUAACUGAUGGAGAGCAGACAAUAGAUCCUUGGAAAUUUACAGUCUCUUAUGAUAAGCUAGUAAUUGCAUUAGGAUCACAUCCGUCUACUUUUGGAAUUCAAGGAGUCAAUGAACACGCCAUUUUUCUUCGCGAAGUUUACCAUGCACAGGAAAUUCGUAGGAAGUUGCUCCUAAACUUGAUGUUAUCUGAUGUUCCAGGAAUUCCAGAAGAGGAAAAGCAAAGGCUUUUGCACUGUGUUGUUGUUGGGGGUGGUCCUACUGGAGUUGAAUUCAGUGGUGAACUUAGUGAUUUUAUCAUGAAGGAUGUACGCCAAAGGUAUACACAUGUGAAGGAUUACAUCCGUGUUACUUUAAUUGAGGCAAAUGAGAUAUUAUCUUCUUUUGAUGACCGACUCAGGCUCUAUGCUACCAAGCAGUUGACUAAGUCAGGAGUUCGUCUUGUUCGUGGCAUUGUUAAAGAUGUUAAAGCUCAGAAGAUUAUCCUAAAUGAUGGUACUGAGGUUCCAUAUGGUUUGUUGGUAUGGUCUACUGGUGUUGGUCCAUCACCUAUUAUUCAAUCUCUAGAUCUCCCAAAAGCUCCUGGUGGAAGGGUUGGGGUUGAUGAGUGGCUUCGUGUUCCUUCAGUACAAGAUGUGUUCUCAAUAGGUGACUGCAGUGGAUUUGUUGAAAGUACUGGAAGACCAACACUUCCAGCAUUGGCCCAAGUGGCAGAGAGACAAGGUAAAUAUUUAGCAAAUACGUUGAACAAAAUUGGUAAAGCAGGUGCAGGACAUGCAAACAGUGGAAAAGAAAUAGAACUUGGGGAUCCAUUUGUUUACAAGCAUCUUGGAAGUAUGGCAACUAUUGGCAGAUACAAGGCUCUUGUUGACCUUAGACAAAGCAAGGAGGGAAAAGGGAUAGCACUGGCAGGAGUUCUAAGUUUUUUUAUUUGGCGUUCGGCGUAUAUUACACGCGUCGUCAGCUGGAGGAACAGAUUCUAUGUAUUUAUCAACUGGAUUACAACUCUUGUGUUCGGUCGUGAUAUAAGCAGACUAUGAUAAAAAAACAGUGGCAGAAGAAAGAGGUAAGGUAGAGAAAGUGUUAAGAUGGCUAUUUUGGAGAAGGCUCAAGAGGAAUUUAUGGCAGCAAAAAGUGGGGUUUAUGCUUGACAGAUUGAAGAACAGGUUAAUUUGGAAUCCACCAUUAAAGGAAAGGGUUGAAUGGUAGAGAAUCAGGUUCCAUGUUGAAAUCAGUCUCAUGUUUAGUAUAAGUUUCAUGCAUUUGUGUGAGUGUCACUUACAAACAGUGUAUUCAUACAAUCUUAUUCUCCAUUUUCAUCAUAAAAUUCUCUUUUAAAAAUGGAAUGAACUUCUCAUGUUAUCCUAAAUUCUUCAUUUGGAAUAUAGGAAAGUGCAUUCUACCUAUGUAGGUUGAGCUGGCAAGUAGAGAAUCCCUAAGUAGUAUUUUUUUUUUUGUUUACUCUAACUACUUUAGAUAAAUGCAUAUUAUACACCCUUCAUGUUGAUCAAAA